UACACGAACAUACAAUUUACCAGUUGGCUAUAGUCAAAAACUCAAACCAGCCAAAUAUAUUCUCUGGAUUCUCUCUUAUUCACAAAGUACAAUUUUGGCAUUCUGACCUGGUAAGUUGCCAGUGUCGGGUCGUGGAAAAAAAAAGUGAAAGGUUUUUUUUUUUUAAUACAAAUUUAUUCACGAUUAAUAUACAUAUAAUAUAUAUUUUCUACAAUUAUUUUAUUAUUUGAAUAAUUAAUUUAUAUAAAUAAAAUUAAAUAAAAAUGUUUUAAAAAAAAAUAUUUAGAAACAAAAAUUAAAAUAUUUCCAAAGGACUUUAUCUGCGAUUUUUUUUUUUCUAUUUAACAAUAAGUUUAAUAUCCAGUGAUUUAAUAAUUAAUUAAUACAUUAUAGACAGUGAGAAAAAAUAAAAAUAAAAAAGGAUACUUAACCAAGGAAAAAUGAUAAAUAAUCAAAUGUGAUUUUCAAAAUAAUAAAUUAUUAAAAUAUAAAAGAACAAAAAUUUUUAGAGAAGACUGAAUAAUAGUAUUUAAAUAAACAAAAAAAAAAAAAAAUAGGUGUGGUGGUAUUUAAAUUUAUGUUUAUCAGUGUGCAAUUAUAUUUGUGUGUUUUUGUGAAUUUUAAUUUUAUUUAUAACUAAAAAAAUAAAUAAAUAAAAUUAGUUUAUAUUUUUUCUGUCAGUUAACAUUUAAAUAAAAGCAAUCCACGUGAAACAAUUAGUUUAAAAUCCAGCAGUGUAUUUAGAUAGUAGAUUUAAAUUGUUUUUCUUUUUUUUUUAAAUUAAAGAAACAACAAAGAAAAAAAAGAAUAAACAACAAAGAACUGACAAUAAUGGAUCUUCUUUGUUGUGAAACAGCUGAGACAGAAUGUCGUGCAUAUCCAGAUCCAGUAUUACUUAAUGAUGAAAGAGUUUUACAAAAUUUGCUUAAAACUGAAGAACGUUAUGCACCAAGUAGCUCAUACUUUGAGUGUGUUCAGAGGGACCUAUCACCAGUCAUGCGCAAAAUCGUUGCCGAAUGGAUGUUGGAGGUUUGUGAAGAACAAAAAUGUCAAGACGAAGUAUUUCCAUUAUCAAUGAACUACCUUGACAGAUUUUUAUCAAUUUGUCCAAUAAGAAAAUCACAAUUACAACUACUUGGUACAGCAUGUUUAUUAUUAUCAUCAAAACUCAAAGAAACAAUGCCACUUACAGCACAAGUACUAGUUUUCUACACAGACAAUUCAAUCACAAUUGAUGAUCUUUGGAGGUGGGAACAACUUGUUGUAUCAAAACUAAAAUGGGAAUUAUCAGCAAUUACACCUGGUGAUUUUUUACUUCAUAUUUUAAAUCGUUUGCCAAUUGAUAAUCGUUCAAUGGAUUCAAUUAUGGUUAGAAGACAUGCACAAACAUUUAUUGCAUUAAGUGCAAGAGAAUACAAGUUUUCAAUGUACACACCUAGUAUGAUAGCAGCUGCAAGCGUUGCGGCUGCACUUCAUGGUCUUGAUUGGACGGGAAAAAGUGGAUAUGGACUUUCUGGCCUUCUUGACGAACUCACCCGCAUCACUGCUAUCGAACAGGAUUAUUUGCAAAGCUGUUUUGAAAAAAUUGAAGAAAUGGUAUCACAAGUUAGAAAUACAAGUCAUCAAACAACAAUUACAAAUAAUAUUUGUAUUAAUAAUCAAACAACAAGGAAGAUGGGGGACCAGAACAUGAGCCAGGAUAAAAUUAUUGAACAUGAAAAAGCUGGUACACCAACUGAUGUUAGAGAUGUACAUUUUUAAUAAUCCUGGCUCGUUAAAAAAUUAAAAAAUAUAUUAUUAAAAAAAACACACACACAAAAAACAA